CUGAGAGGCGCCGUUUGCGCGGAUCUGCACCGCGCCGUGCGUCCAAGGUGGGACGAUGCAACGGUCUACAAUGCGUUCCAUUAACCGUCGACUCUUUCCUCUCAUCCACGUCCGGCACAUCCGAACGGCCCUCAGAUCAGCCACCCCGACUCAUCCAAAGAAGAGGCCGCAGACAUCAGAUGCAACCGCGACUGACCUGUGGUCGCCCUAUCGCUUCGAAGAUCUGGGUGGUGGCAUCCAUCCCGUCCUCAUCGAAGCGAUGCGCGCGCAGGGCAUCGACCGGCCCACCACCAUCCAGCAACGCUCCUACGACCUGCUUGCAGAGGGCCGGGACUGCGUGGUGGCGUCGGAAACGGGCAGCGGCAAGACGCUUGCCUACCUGCUGCCGCUGCUGAACCAGCUGUAUCACGUGCACGACUGGGUGGAGGCGUCGAGGGCUGCGCAGGACGGGCAGGUGAACCCUCUGAAGGAGCUGAGGCCGUGGGUGGUGCUGGCGCUCACACGGGACCUUUGUGCACAGGUGAGGGAGAGAGGGGGACAGAAAGAGGCAGACAGGGCGGGGGCGUGUCUGUGCAUCCAUCAGCCUGUGUUGUGUGCAGAUAUGUCAGAUGGCUCAGUCGAUUGACCCGCUGGGGCGGCUGUCCAUCCAGACACUCGUCGAGCUGCCCAAGUUCCCACACUCCAGGUACGUCACACGUCACACAAAAGAGUACACACACCCACCAGUGCGCCUGUCUGAUUGGUUCCACCAUCAACAGGGCGGGUGUCGACCCCUUCCGCGUCCCUACCGGACCGUUGCCGAAGCAUCUGCGGCACCUGCGGGGCAUCGACCCAUCCCACAGUGUGCUCCAGGACCUGUCGCUGCAGCGACAGCCACAGCCAGUCAUCGCGGCCCCGAGGAUCAGGUGGGGCGCCGUCGACCUGGUCGUCACCACGCCCAUCAAGUUCCUGCAGGACCUCCUCAGGUGCGCGUGGGCAUGAGUGGUGAGUGGGGUGUGGACACCUGACAGACGGUUGUUUUCUCUUUCUCUCUGUGUGUCCAGGUUUGUGGGCGAGAGUGUGUAUCCGUCAUGUCUGGUGUUCGAUGAGGUGGACGAGCACUUCCAGAGCGUCACCAGGAACCUCAUCUUCGACAUCGUCAAGGUGGGCCACUCACACAGAUCCACAUGACGCUUUUCUCUCAUAGGUGAUCUCUUGCUUAUUGUCAGCACCUGCGCCCCCGUCCGCCCAUCCGUCAGUAUGACGAGAUCCGCCGGCCGCUGGCGCCACUAGUCCCCACGCAGUUCGUCUUUGUGGGCGCCACACAGCCAACUGGGGGAUGGUGCACCACUGGCGCAAUGAUCAUCGAACGGUGACCAUCCGACCCAUCCUCACAGAUGCAGAUGGACAGACAGGAGAGGCAAAGAUGUGUGCGUGUGUGUGUGUGUGUGUGUCAGGUUCCACGUGGCCGAGCAGCUGUGGACGGCGGGUCUGCACGCCAUCUCGCCUUUGGUGAGUCAGCGGUGGCUGGAGGUGCCGGCCGACAAGAACAUCUUCGAGCAGAAGCUCGACAUGCUCCUGACGGUCCUCAACCAGAUGCCAAAGGACAGAACACUCAUAUUCACCACUUCUGUCGGUACGCUUCCACAUAAUCACGCGAAGAUCAGCACGAUACACAGAAGCAUAUGUGUGUGUGUGUGUGCUUGUAGGCACGUGUCGGCGUCUGUAUCACUUGUUGAGUGAGGGCGGGUGGCCGGCCGUGUCGUUCCACCGCAGCAUGACCAUGGACCACCGAAUGAGAUCUGCCGACAAAUUCUUCAGGUUAGUAGACACGCCCCCUCCACCCUUGCAAGACACACACAUUGAUGCUUCUGAUCCUUGUGUGUGUGUAUGCGAUGUGUAUGUCAGGGGUGAGGCGAUCGUGAUGGUGGCCACCAACCUGGGAGGCCGUGGCGUGGAUUUCUUCCAGGUCGACCACGUCAUCAACUUCGACUUCCCAAAUGACGCUGGCAUCUACCUCAGCAGGUAGCCAAUGGCCCUCCCUCAGUCCGCACACACAUCCACAAGUGCACGUGUGUAUUGUAUUUCCUGCACCAUCAGAGUCGGCCGCACAGGCCGUGUCGGGCGCAAGGGUCACGUGACCAAUUUCGUGGACCCCCAGCACGCCCACCUGGCGUCGGCCAUCCUGGAGAAGAUAGAGGAGGGCAGCAAGAUACACUCGACCUUCUCGCGCAAAAGGGCGUUCAGGAACAAACUCAGAGGGAAGAUACAGGUCUGUAUUGUGCACACGGAUGGAGCCUGACACACCCACGUGCACACAUCGAUCUGGCUGCUGCUGUGGGUGUUCCAGACGGCGGCAUUCUCUGAGAUGAAGGCCAAACUAAUGGACAAGAUGCAGCAGAACGUCAAAAGGAGCAUCGUCCCGACACCCUCCAACCGACCCCCAGCCAUGGGCCGCAAAUCCACGAGAGCAGCGCGCUCCGCUGCCGACAAUGCAGCGGCUGCCGCAGAUGACGAUGACUGGGAGUCCGUACGUCGCACCCUGCAGCACGAGCAGGUGCUCGCGGCAUCCGGCAUCGACAUGAGCGGCCGUGACGGUGACGAUCAGGGAGGGGAGGGGCAGGAGAGCGCCCCUGGUGGUGGCAGGCCUGUCCGCAAGAAAAGAGAGAAGGCAGAUGCAGACCAGCCACCGCAAGAAGUGGAUAAGUCAGGUUUGAUCCAUCGGCCGCGGAGAGGCGAAUCUUCGCAGCAGCUCUCCGGCCACGUCGAUCUGCUCGGCGCUGCCCAGUCCCUCCCACAAUCACCAUCAACAGCAGCAGGCAAGAAGAGACCUAAGGGCGCCAUGCAGCCGCCGCGCACAGAGGUGAAAGAUGCGGCAGAGGAGCCGCCAUUGCCGCCAUGGCACUCCGCCUUUGCCGAUGAUGACGGCUUUCAUGCUGUCGAGAAACGGCUGGGAGAGAGGGAGAGCGUGGCAGGGCGAAAGUACGCCAGCAAACACAGGAGUGGUGUGGGCAGGGAGGAGGAAGAAUCUGACAUUCUCGACUCUGAUGAAGAGGUGAGCAAGUGCACGCACACCGCAUGGCCACAUGCAGGAGCAUCAUUCUGGUGUCCUGAUGCACACAGGAUCUGCGCGACAUCUCCCUCGCCGCCCCCACAUCACCAUCACCGUCACCAUCCGGCACAGACGAUACCGAUGACGAGUCGCCAGACGCACCCAUCGGCAAUCACGACUUCGACAUAGCAGCCGGCCACGAGCCACGCGAUUCACAACAGCACCAGUCAUCCCCCGGCCAGCUGCUCGGCCACAUCACUGUCGUCACGGGCAGCGACGAUGAUGACAACGAUUCCAUGACGGACAGCGAUAGUGAUGAGGAUGGUGACGAGGGUGACGGCGAGAUGGGCGGCUUGCCGCUCAAGUACGGCGAGACGCUUGCACGUGAGCGUGGGCGUGGAUGGGGUGGCUUGGCGAGGCUGAGGGACGUGCAACACGAUGGAAGAAUGGCGGUCAUGCCGUGGGCAAGGGGGGCGGGGGGCGUCGUGCAGCUGCAAAAGAAAGGUAGGCGUCAUACGAAGGCACUCGCAUCGCAUAUUGUUGGUGUCAUUGCAUUCGCACGUGUGUGUCAUUGUGUGCAGAGGCAUCCCCACCUCAUCCGGCGGCCCCUGCCGGCCUGGACGAGCUGCGCGCCCACCUGCUGGAGAGCGACUCGGACGAUGACGAGGGCGGCGAUAGUGACAUGUACAGCACUGCCGUCAUACGACGCACACCACCGCCAGAAUGGUACCAAGUGACUGACCAAAGAAAGGCCAUGCUCCCUGUGUUUUGGUCGGUCGACGAAUGUGUGUGCGCUAUGCCACUGCAGGGCCGAGAAAGAGGCCAAGACCCCUCCCCGCCCCUGGUCAAACCCAUCCAUGACGGCCACCCCCUCACCCCCACCAGCCAUCAAGUGGGACCAGCUCAAGAGGAAACCCACACCAGCCCUGCCCAGCAAGCGUGAGGGCAAAGACGUCUUCCAGUUCGGCACGCGGCCUGUCGACGGCCCUCCGCCACAAUCGGCGCUGUCGGCUGGUCUGGGUCGGCUGCCGCGGCGGGCCAAGAACCUCAAGAAGGGCACCGCUGGCAGCCUGCUGCGCAACUACGAUGAGUUCGAUGGCGGCGGUGGUGGUGGUGGUGGUGAUGGGGAGGUCAAGCUGUGAACUGUGGUGGCAUUGGGCCGGCCACUCAAUUAGUGGUGUUUGCUGGCGGUGUGCUGGGCGUGGAGGAUUCCCUCUAUCAGUCGGUCUGAUGCUGCCGGAGAUGGAUUAAUCAGCUGAAAGGUGAGGGCGAGUGAAGAGGAAGGAUGUGGGCAGGGGAGAGGAGGAGGGAGGCAGCCCAGAUGAUUCUAAAAUCAAUCAAUAGGUCGAGAUUGAGGAUGGGUGUGCUGAGUGAAUGCAUCCGUCCACUGACAACACGUGGCACAAAUGAUGGGCAGAGACACACAGACAAGACAGAGAGACAGACAGACAGACAGCCGCACAGCUAGACUGCAUGAUGUGAGCAGCUCAGGUCAGCUCACACUUGGUGUUGGUGUGUUGGUCAUCGGUGUGCGUUGCAGGCAGUAGCUUCACGUGUGGAAUGGAAGACCCUGAGCCUGUGUAUGUAUGCGCAUCCGUGUGCUGGUGCGGACAGUAUAGUGAUGUUCUCUU